CUUGCUGGUUGAAACUUACCAAGCGAUAACACCACAAACACCAUGGCUUCCACAAACGGCCCAUCAAACUUCGUCCCAGAACAGCUGUUUCAUACUGUUCUCACAGUAAUCGACUACUCCCACGAUUCAUCCGGCGCCAACCGCACAUUAUUCGUCCUCAAAACCCACGGCACCCUCGCCGCCGCAAAGAAGUACGCCAGCCACGCCCUAGAAGCCGUCAACUUCACAGUCGAAGACUUUGAAGUUUAUCGCAUCCGCGCUGAGGAAGACCCAGCCAAGGCCUGGACUCACGGCGACGGCGUGCUGGUUUUCGCUCGCGCCUUUGAUGGACAGGAGUUUCUCGUGGGAAUUGACACUACCCCAAACAAUGAAUCUUUGCCUGCAACUCCGGAUGGAGAAUUAAAGCUGCCCGAGGGCGCAAAGUUCCUGCACUACGUCCUGCAGAUCACGGUGGAUUACAACGCUGAUCGUAGCGGAAGCUCGCAGAGCACAGAAAUUGAAGGCACAUAUGUCCAUCGUGCGGAUGCAUGGACGGCGGCGCAUGUAUCUCUCGAUCCAACGGAAUUUGCAGAGUUUGAUCGUCGGGGUGACGCACAGUUCAUUGAGCAAUGGCCCUUUGGCGAAGAUGUUGCAGUUCAUGCCGUUUCUGAGACUGGGCAAAACUAUUUCAUUGCGGUGAAAAGCCCCCCCGAGAAGAAACACGAGGUGAAACAUCACCAUCACAAGCAUCACGCGUUGAAAAAGUAAGGGAUUAUGUUGUAUGGAUUUGAGUCGUGGGAAUUCUUUAUCGUAAAUGAGCUGCACUGUGAUUUCCAGACGCUCCUUGAUUAACUUAUAACCUGUACGAUAUUUAUUUUAGUUCAUUAGGAUGCAGAUCCAAUAACUACAUACGGUGGUAAUACAAAAGUCAAGAUGAAUCCCACAGCGCGCCAUUGCAGAGCUAAGAAGAUUUGCAUCUGACACUCCAUAGCAUAUAUAUCAAUUUGUGACAGAAGAAAUCAAAGUUAAAGGUAUAUACUAUUUC